AACUGCACUGCAAUGCAAUGUUUUUAUUGGACAGCAUGAUUAUUUUAACAUAACUCCAAUUGUGGAACAGGCCAGGAUUAAUGUGUAAGAACUAAAGAAAUGCAUUUCAGUCUUCACGUUAGAACAUGGGCAAUUGUCUUGAUUUGUUAUUGUUCCUCCAAAACUUUGCUCACUACUUUUGUCCGUGCUAAAAUAAACACUGCGGAUACGUUUCUGCAUAUGUGCCUGCCGUUUAUAGUUUAGGUGAAACGUUUACACUGGAGAGAACGGCGCCGGAAGUACUUUUUUACGACGUGAAGUUAAACUGCAAAGGAAUUCGGCCGGAUCGAAGUAUUAAGUGAAACAUGCAGAGCAUGGAUCUCCUUGGCAAACUGGAAAUCUACAUCCCAGUGGAAGCUGAGGUGAAAAGGAUCCCUCUGUGGAGCUUGCCAAAGUCCAUGAUCAGGGGAAUGGGCCUCCCCAUGUCUUCCUCUAAGGGUUCUGGGAAGCUCACAGACUCUCCAGAAGGCACAUGGAUUUGUCCUGCAGUCAUACGAAGGAAAGGCCAGAAACUUUCCUCCCACGCAGGGAACCACACGAUGGAAAACCUGUCCUCGCUGCUGGCCAGAGAGUUUCGAGCUAAUCCAGGGCCCCUCCAAAUGAGCUUCGUCUCAGCCAACCAUGCGGUGUACAAGGCGCUGAAUGACGCCAUGCACGAAAAGAAGGUCUUGGAGCACACACGUCAUUUCUCCCCAUCACCUCGGGGCAAUGCGCCACAGCUGAACAAAGAUGCCGUUAUCCUCUACAAUGGGCAAGUAUACCUGUCAAUUAGGAACCCAAACCAGAGCCGGAGGCCACCAGAGACACUCCAGCAAACGCUUGUUUUCCAGUCUUCCCUUCCUUCAACAUCAGAUUCAUCAACUAAAAUACUCAAGAAGCGCCGGUCCCCUCAGACUUGUCUUCAACCUGCAGAACCACUGAGGAAGAAACUGCCUGUGCCUCUUCCCCACACCGCCCCAAAACAGCUAAAGGAUUGUCUCAGUAGACCAGAUAAUCACUCCACAGCAGACCAGGAGCUGCUGAGGCCCAAGGAGAAACACACUGCACUUAAAGCAACACACGGGGAAAAGAAGAAGCCUGGGACCAACCAGGGAGGGGACGUGUCUUCAACCACGACCGCGCGUCACAGCCCUCCGGCUGGCAGCGCUCACCAAGGAGACAGGGCUGCAGAGGACACACCUGCCACAGAGAAGGAGGUGGAGGGCGACGACACCGACUGCCGUGAAUGCAAGAUGGUGACGGGUGACGAAGAAGCUGAUUUCAUACAUGUGGUCAGCGCCGGUGAAGCUGACAACACAGUCGACGCUGUAGAUCAAAGCGGCAGCCAGAGCGUGACACCGUGUCGGGGCGAAGCGCCAGCAUCCGCCUCGCUGCAGGAGUGUGACUUUAAGCAGCUGGAGACUGAGGAGAAAAUCGCUCGCAUUAAGCUCAAACUGAGACAAGGCGUAGCCGCUCUCAACAACCUGCCCUCCCCAUGAUGGUGGAUUGCUGAGAAGUUAGUGGUGCAGCAGAUCAUGAAACAUGGAUCGGCACAAAAGAAUGAUGCCCCCUCGUACUAAUUAUUAUUUAGCAGAUCCAGUUGUUUGGUUGAGAGCGCUGAUCAACAAGGAUCCAGACUAUUUGCAUGGAAAUAGUGUUUGUGAAAACAACUCAAAUCAAUUUGUUGCUGUGAAAUCAUUUUACCAGGUUACCUCUGAACACUUAGCCAAUACUCGUUUUCACUGAGCAUUGCCUGAAGUUCUCCUGUUUCUAUUCUAGACAUUAUCCGAUGAAACCAUUAACAACAUGCUCAUUGCAUUUUUACUCCGUAUUGGCUGAUAACUGUCAUCAAUACAAUUAAAUUUCCACUGCGAUGGUUAAGAUCACGUAUCAACAGUGCACUGCUACCCCACUAAUAUGCCUUAGUUCCAUAAAGCUCCCAUAAGAGAUUUACACAUGCACACCAGCAUCCCGCUGCACCCAGAAGAUGAUUCAGCUCCAUGUAACGUCUUCCAGCAGGAUACCAGUGUUCAUGUUACCAGGUCUUUUUAAACUAGGACUCACACUUCCCUCACAUUUGCUGCAUAGGACACAUGCCCUGGUUUUGUGACCCACGACCUUCGCAAUUGGGUUUCAUCAGGUCCACGGACUGUCACUUUGACAUCACCCGUUGUUGCGUGGACUGUUGCUCUGAGUUUAGCGUUUUGCCGUCACCCUCUUCUUGUUUUCUUGUUUUUUUACCUUUUACAACCAAACGCUGUAUUAAACAUUCUUAGACUAAAAGGUUAGAAACAAAUUGUGGAACGCCUUUUUCUUUAACUUCCAUUGUUGCUGUUACCAUUCUGAACAUUUGCUCACUAGUUAAUGUUCAUCUUACUGUGAUCCCUGAAGUGUUGAACCCGCCAUGAGUUUGAUUAUACAUUGUGAAGACGUUAAACACUGCCUUCUCUGAAGUCUGAUUCUGUUUUGCAUAGAAAACGUUAAUUCAUUCGUACACCAGUGAGUUUUUGAUCAAACUCAAUUUGCAGGAAGUCAAUCAUUUCCUCCUGGUUGUUGCCUUAUGAUUCUCCUUUAAGGCUGUCCUUGUCCUCGUGGUGUUUUCCAUCAAGGUCAAAGAGAAUGGGUUCAGAGGGACUUAGAACACCGUUCGGUCCCCUCAUUACAGAGGCUACAGAAUUAUGUGAUGACAUGUUUGGAGUACUAAAACCCAGAAAUGAGUCAGCAUCUUUACUCUUCAGCUUCCACAGUUGCAAAGUUAGUUAAUUUUCUUUUUUGUUACAGUAUGAAAACAAACUGGAGAGAUCUUGAAUUUGAUGCUUUUAUGUGUCUUAAAUAAUGAUAAAAGAUAAUAAUCUGGAAGUAUCCUAAAUGUUUGUUUGCCACUGAGAAUAUGUUCUGCAAUUUUUUAAAAUGCAAUGGGAGAACCUCAUGGGCUUUUGUCAUAGUCAUGUAUACUGUGACGAAAUGACGUAAUAAAUGCAGCACUCUAUUGAUGGGGGUGUGC